AUUCAACAUCCCAAAAACCCCCCCAUUUUUCAUUUCUCCCGUCUCUCAAUCUCAAUCAAAAGCCUUUCCUUUCCUCCUUUUCUCCACUCUCUGGCACUUACGCAACCAAAUCCCACUUCUCCAAUUCAAUUAUCAAAACAAGUAAGCAACCAAGCUCUCAAUUUUAUUAAGUAUUUUCCUGUAAAUAUCAUUUCUCCGUUUGUGUGUGUGUGUGUGUGUUUCUAUCAUUGAACUCAAGGUUCUCAUUGUCUGUAAACUCAAGUUAUAGUUUCAAAGAUUUCUGUUUUGUAUUGUAUAAGAACAAGACUACAAUUCUUCAAUCUUUUGUGUGUGUGAGAGAGAGACUUAGAUACUGAGAGAGACUGGGAGAGAAGCAUAUUCAUUCUUUUUCAUCAUAUGGGGAAAUCAGGAGGAAGAAAAAAGAAGGGUGGUUCAAACCAGGUUUCAGUUGAUAACAAUAAUAAUAAUAAUAAUAAUAAUAAUAAUAAUAAUAAUAAUAAUAAUUCCAGUAAUACAACUGCACAUGUUAAUGGUGGUGUUGAUUUAGACUCUUCUAUAUUUUUGAAGAGAGCCCAUGAGCUCAAAGAAGAAGGCAAUAAGAAGUUUCAGAAUAAGGAUUAUGUGGCUGCUCUUCAACACUAUGAUAAUGCUCUUAGGCUUAUCCCCAAAACCCACCCUGACGGAGCUGUCUUUCACAGCAAUAGAGCUGCUUGUUUGAUGCAAAUGAAACCCAUUGAUUAUGACGCUGUCAUUGCUGAGUGUACUAUGGCGCUUCAGGUUCAGCCUCGCUUUGUUCGAGCUCUUCUUAGGAGGGCUCGGGCUUUUGAGGCCACUGGAAAGUAUGAAAUGGCGAUGCAGGACGCACAACUUUUGUUGGGGGCUGACCCCAAUCAUAAGGAUGCUUUAGAGAUUGCCCGGAGAAUAAGGACUGCAUUGGGUCCUCGCCAGGAGGCUCAGCAAGACCUCCAGAGCCGACCAUCCCCAGCUGCACUUGGGGCUUCUGUGGUUCGUGGUGCCCCAAUUGCUGGUCUUGGGCCUUGCUUACCUGCUCGUCCGGUGCCUAAGAAGACAGCAGCAUCACCUCCUGGAGGGUCAGUUGUAUCACCAAGUAAUAAGCUGGAGAAGCACCAAAUCAAUGUAGCAGCUGAAAAUGGUCCUGAGAACAAAGCCCAGUUGCCUAGACUUGUGCUGAAGACCUCCAGUGGUUCUUUUAAAGCAAGUGAUAAUCUGAAUAAAGAAGGCCAGAGAGAACAGUCCUUUUCUGCUUCUAUUUAUGGGCAGGUUCCUAAGGUGGCAGUUCAAUGGAGGCCAUUGAAACUUGCUUACGAUCAUGACAUAAGGCUGUCCCAAAUGCCGGUUAAUUGCAGCUUCAAAGUGUUAAGAGAGAUUGUGAGCAAACGUUUUCCUUCAUCCAAGUCAGUUUUGAUCAAAUAUAAGGAUAAUGAUGGUGAUUUGGUAACUAUUACCUGUACGACCGAACUCAGGUUGGCAGAGUCUUCUGUAGAUGCUCUUAUUCGAGAGCCGCAAGAAGAUAAAACCAGUGGAUUUGGGAUGAUGAGAUUGCACAUUGUUGAGGUGAGUCCAGAGCAGGAGCCACCAUUACCAGAAGAAGAGGAGGAGAAACCUUCUGAGAGUGGGGGAGCCAAGGCAAAUGAAAGUCGGUCUCACUCAUCUCUUGGUGGUUCUGUGUCAGAAGGUGUUGAUACUGAGAUUGAAAAGACAGAGAAAGGAGCUUUAAAGGAAAAAGUAGGAGCUUCUGAAGAUCCAGAGUGCAAGGAAGUGGAGAUGGAUGAUUGGCUGGUUGAGUUUGCUCAGCUUUUCCGCACCCAUGUGGGUAUUGACCCUGAUGCUCACAUUGACUUGCAUGAGCUUGGGAUGGAGCUAUGUUCAGAGGCUCUUGAGGAGACAGUAACUAGUGAGGAAGCUCAAAACCUCUUUGACAAAGCUGCUUCCAAGUUCCAAGAGGUGGCUGCUUUGGCCUUUUUUAAUUGGGGAAAUGUUCAUAUGUGUGCUGCAAGGAAACGGAUUCCCUUAGAUGAGUCUGCUGGGAAGGAGGUAGUGUCAGCACAACUUCAAGUGGCUUAUGAGUGGGUGAGGGAAAAGUAUUCUUUGGCUAGAGAGAAGUAUGCUGAAGCACUAGUAAUCAAGCCAGACUUUUAUGAAGGGAUGCUGGCACUGGGACAGCAGCAAUUUGAAAUGGCCAAACUUAAUUGGUCUUUUGCACUUGCAAAGAAAAUAGAUCUCUCAAGCUGGGAUCCUGCAGAGACGCAUCAACUUUUUGACAGUGCAGAGGAGAAAAUGAAAGUUGCGACUGAAAUCUGGGAGAAGUUGGAGAAGCAGAGAGUCAAUGAGUUGACUGAUCCUAUAAACAAGGAGGAGGAGUUGAUGAAGAGAAGGAAGAAACCUGGAAGUGGUGCUGAAAAUGAGCUCUCAGUAACUGGCAGUCGGGAGCUUUCAGCUGAGGAAGCAGCUGAACAAGCUGCUGUGAUGAGAUCACAAAUACAUCUUUUCUGGGGCAACAUGCUCUUUGAACGAUCCCAAGUUGAAUGCAAAUUAGGAAUGGAUGGUUGGAAAAAAAAUCUUGAUACUGCUGUUGAGCGCUUCAAGCUUGCAGGAGCUUCUGAAGCUGACAUUUCUACAGUUUUGAAGAACCAUUGCUCAAAUGGAGAUGCAGUGGAAGGAGAUGAAAGGAAGGUUGUUGGUGAAGCAGAGAGCAGGGAGGUGAAUCAAACAUCUGACAAGUGAUAUAGGGAUUGAUGUCUUCCAUCUCUUUGAUGUCUUUAGUGAAUGGAAGUGCAUUUUUCCUCUUCUGCUGGGAGUGUUGAGAUUUUUCUUGCAAAUGAAUAUCGGGGGCCCGCUAUUGAUGAGUGGUUUACUUGAAAGAUUUUGGGGUUUAUGGUUUCUGUUUUAUCCUUUAAAGUGACCUUUUUUCUUUUAAUUAAAAAAAAAAAACAUUGUUCGAGUAUCAAUGAGUUUUCUAAUAAGCAACUUUACGUGAUCCAAUUCAAAUCACUUGAGGUAAUGAAAUUUGGUACGAACUAAAGAAAUUUUCACGGUGAAUGUCACUUGAAUUAACUCAAUAUAAGGUAGAUAUAUGGGCCUUAUGAAAUCUUUUGGUCUC